AUGUUGCGAAUUGGCGCCCUGAUAGCUUCUUUUGCAGUAUUACCCUGCCAAGCUCUUGUUCCUCGUCAAUCAAACAACAACGACCUACCGCCACUAAAGUUUAACGACGAUGGAGCUUUCCAGAUCUGUGUGUUCUCGGACCUCCACUAUGCAACAGAUGCAUCAGGAUCAGGUCCAGACGUCGAUCGCCGAUCGACCAAGGUCAUAGGCGAUGUGCUUGACUUUGACACGCCGGAUCUAGUCGUGUUCAACGGAGACCUCAUAAACGGCGAAGACACAUACCGCGACAACAGCACCCACUAUAUAGAUCAGAUCGUCGCACCGCUGGUGGAACGCAACCUAACCUGGGCUUCCACAUACGGAAAUCACGAUCACAACUUCAACAUCAACGGAGAUGACAUCUUGGAGCGCGAGCAAGGGUUCACCGGUUCUCGAACCCAGAAGAUGGUUGAUGGGACGAAUGCCGGCACCACCAACUACUACCUUCCCGUAUACGCAUCCAAUUGCACGACGACUCGAGAUUGCACUCCUGAGCUGCUCCUCUGGUUCUUUGAUAGUCGUGGAGGCUUCUACUAUCAGGGUGGGCGUCAGCACAAUUGGGUACACUCGAGCGUGGUGGAAUGGUUCAACGAAACCAAUGCCGAACUAGUCGAGGAAUACGGCAAGGAAAUCCCAUCCCUUGCGUUCGUCCACAUCCCGAUUCACGCCUCUUAUGUAUUCCAGCAACAGGCUGAUGGCCCCGGCGAGAACACCCAGCCAGGCAUCAACGAGGAAGAUGUCGUUCAGCAGGGCGAUGGAUGGUGUGCCGAAGGCGAGAGCGGAAGCUGUGAUUAUGGAGAUCAGGACCUGCCCUUUAUGCGCGCUCUAGUUUCGACGCCGGGAGUUAUUGGACUCUUUUACGGACACGAUCACGGAAAUUCCUGGUGCUACAAGUGGGACGAUCAACUUCCCGGCAUGAACAUCACCGGAAGCGGCAUCAAUCUCUGCUACGGCCAGCACACGGGCUAUGGAGGUUAUGGAGACUGGAUCAGAGGUGGACGCCAGAUCUUUGUGACACAGGAGGGCCUGAAAGAUCUCGAGAUCGACACGCAUAUUCUUCUCGAGUCGGGCGACGUUGUGGGCAGCGUCUCACUAAACUCGACCUUCAAUACGGAUCGCUACGAGGCGACUCCGAACCAAAAGACGUAUUGGGAUACUGCUAGCAGUGCGCCUACUUUGGCCAUGGGUGCUGGGGGCAUUUACGCAUCGACUCUGCUGACACUGCUCUGGUUGGCGGUAUAA